UCUCCAUCUACGAGAGCGAUUCUUUGGACUCGCUCGACACACUUGGCGCUACUUCAGCAAAGCGCCACACUCACCACCUACAACACACGCCCUCCCCGACAACACCGCAAUCAUGGCGCCCAAAAAGAAGCAGGAGAAGAUGGCCUUGGGCGACUUCUUGACGAACCAAUCUCUUGGAUCAUGGGCCGACGAGAUGGAAUCGGCACCGCUUCCAUCCAUGCCCACAUCAAGCUACGGCGCACGCGAUCGAGGUGACCGGGGCGGCGACCGCGCUCCACCAGGCGAGGGCCGCGCAUUUACGACGUCUUCAUGGGAGCGCUCUGGAAGUGGCAUGGGCGGCGGCGGUAGCUUCGGAGGUGAUCGUGGCGGCGGCGGUGGCAUGGGAUCAGAUUUCGGCCCACGAUAUGACCGCGAGGCAAUUCCAUUCCCUACAAAGCCACCAUACACAGCACACCUCGGAAACCUGGACUACAAUGUUACAUCUGUUGAUCUCGAGGGUUUUUUGGCCGACUGCAAUGUCACAGUGGUCAGACUGAUGGAAGACAAAGUUGACCGCAAGCCUAAAGGCUUCGGCUACGCAGAGUUUGGAUCUCCUGAAGGUCUUCAAAAGGCCCUGGACAGAUCCGAAUCCAACUUUAUGGGCCGCAACAUCAAGAUCAGUGUCGCUGAUCCACCACGCAACGACCGUGGCGAUUCGAACCGAGAUUUUUCUGACUGGAGCCGCAAAGGCCCUCUUCCAGACCUUCCCUCCCAGGGUCGCCAGCCUUCGCGAGGAUUUGAGCGCCGUGGUCCACCAGGAGGCGGUUUCGAUAACAUGUCUGACGCCGGCAGCGAGCGUGGUGGACCAGGUGGCCGCAAGCCAGGCUACUUUGAGGGUGACGGAAAACCCCGUGACUUCUCUGACUGGAGCCGGAAGGGUCCUCUUUCACCGGCACCCAGCCAAGGUCCACCAGUACGUGAUGGCGGCCGAUUAAGAGAAGUUCGCGACGACCGUCCGCCACGCGAAGAGAGAGGUGGCCCAAGCUGGGGCGAAGGGAGAUCAGAUGCUGGCUCAAGGCCACCACGACGAGAAUACGAGCGACCCCAAGGUGCCCCAGAGCGCCCAGAGCGGGCUCCAACUGCCGCUGAGCAAGACAGCCAAUGGCGCACGAAAAUGCGACCUGAUGCUCCCGCGACCCCUGACGUUUCGACACCCGCAUCUCCAGCUCAGGAAGCGCCCAAAGAGCGACCGCGACUCAACCUCGCCAAGCGAACUGUAUCGACAGCAGAGGGCGGAGAAUCCGCCGGCAGCACACCUUCUGAUGCAAAAGCUUCACCAUUCGGUGCUGCUCGUCCCAUUGACACAUCGGCUCGCGAGAAGGAAGUUGAGGAGAAACGAGUAUUGGCGCUUCGACAGAAGGAGGAGGCCGAUGCAAAGGCGCGUGAGGAGAAGACUGCCAAGGAUACAGAACAGAGAGCAGCUCGUGCCGCGCGUGCCGAUCGUGGCCAAACUGCGCAGGGGGGCGAGAAGGCUAGUCCACCAACAGGUGAUGUACGCAACGAACAGCGUGGCGACCGUCGACCGUCGCGCCAGCAGCAGCAGAAUGGUGGCAACAGCUGGAGAGGCAAGCCAAAGGAGGCACAGGACACGAAGCAAGCAGCGAAGGAGAACGGAGACGCCCCACCGAAGGAGCGCCCAACCUUUGCCGUACUCGCACACGAGGGCGACGAAGCCGCAGAUCUCGAUACGCCAGACGCCCCGGCGAAUGGCACCAUUGUCGCUGAUAAAGAGACUAAGCCACAAGAGCCAGUCGUCGUUGCCGGCGAAACCACCGAGACCACCGCCGAGGUGCUUGAGGACGACGGCUGGAGUACUGUUCCGGCCAAGGUCAAGGGAAGCAACCGCCGUGGUGGUGCUCGGGCCAUUGCCUCGUGAAAAAAGGAACGGAAACACCUACGACGAAUCAAAAUGUCUAAACCUGAUGAACGACGACCCUGUUGUCUUUACAUGCAUAGCGGCGACGAGCGUCGGAUGAGAAAAAAGUACGAGUCUUCGUCACUGCUAGUGGGAAAGGAGGGGAUACUCUAUCCCCGGAAAAGGCUACUACUGGAUUGAUCUUGGGGUCCUUCUAAUCGCGUGCCUCUGACGGAGUUCUGGUAGCGUUGCGCAUGGGUGGGGGGCUGGUCUUCUGCUGCUGCGGUUCCGUACAUAGCAUACCCUCUCCAUUCGAGUUCGGCCACGAAAAUUCAACGCACGGAAUCUGCUUCUGUGCCGUUACAUUUCUAUGCUUGUCUUCACCUUGUAGUCUCGGCAGAACAGAGUAGAAUGGUCUCGCGUGACUAAGUGUAAGAUUUGCCAGCAGAGAUGUCGUGCCAGAAGAGAAUUCCACUACGAUUGCUAUGCAAGGUAGCUACUAUGUGUUUAGCUAAAUUGUUUUCCCAUUAAGUCGCUUUCCCUCUCCCAUGUCGUCCUCAUCUUCGCUGUCGUCAUCUACUGCAAAGAUGGUCUCGCCAUCUAAUGAUUCUCGCGGGAGCUGAGCGGGCUUCGUGGGCUUUGGAGCAGGUAGAGGCGAGGCAUCCCUGCGUGGAUUGCUGGAGCCCCCGAGAGGGGCGUCGUAUGGCGGAGGCGCUUUAUUGCCAUUACCGGAGACCGCUUCAAGAUCAUCGUCGAGGUCCAUGCUAUCUCGUAUUGAAGCGAUUUCAAAACCGUCGUCAGUUUGGGAAAUUUCAUCAGACAUGGCGAACCUGCGAUUAUUGGCGGACGGCCUCCAGAUGUAUGCGAUGAAAGACACAUCGCAGAAGUAGACAAGCAGAAGCCAUCCGUCGAGGAUAAACCAUCGUGAUUGCCAGUGAUUGGGUACGAAGUCGGCAUUUCCAGAUCCCGCAAAAGUCCAACUAUUGACGAAAAAGAAGGCAAAGAUGACCACGAUACUGGUGAGGAUACACCACCACAAUUUGCGGUACAUGCCGGCUUUGACGUGCUGCUUACGUUCCACGAGGUCCUUCAUGGUGUAGUUGAGGCUGUUGAGUGUCCAGAUGUAGAAGGCCGUCAGUGUACCAGCAAGUGGUAAGACGACUAGAAGUACCAUUGGUCCAGCAUUCUCUGGAGUGACGGCCAAGGAGGCAAUAGCGUAAAUGACGCCGAAGACAAAGUGCGUGAGCGCAAGAGCGCGCACAUACCACAUGGUCUUCCCCAGCUCAUGUUUGACAACACCGUAUCCCAUGCAUACGAUCAGUAGCAGGAAGAACGAGAAGCUGUUCCUUGCGGCGCUGAGUAUUGACACCACAAUCAGGAGCGCUUUGGCGCCGCCAUUCAGUCCAUGGCGAUUUUGAAAGUCGUAGAAGAGCCAUGUCAUGAACAUCUCGAUGAUGAGGAAGACCAGGAUCGCUGUUAUGUAAUUUUGCACAGCCAGAAUGUCUCGUCUAUGCAUCCAAUAAAGCACUCCCCAUCCCAUGGCGACGAAGGCGUAGACGAUCGUGAAGCCGGCGUAAAAGGGCAAUUUUGGGAUCUGUGCAGCUGGUAACUCGCCAAAGGCAUUCCGGAACUCGACGAUUCCAAUAUAUUCGGUCGCACUGUAGGCGGCACUGCUCACGCAAUAGUAUCCAGUCUUCUUGAUAGGAUAGUUGAUGGCCCCUGGGUCCUUGAGGUGAACGGCUUCGGAUCUGAUUAGCGAUUUUGAAGCUGCAGACGCGUUUGUAGCAAGAAUGAAAGAGCCAACGUCGGCUUCCUCGCAGAGUCCAGCAUCGCGCGCGGCCUCGUCGCAGAGGUAAUCGUCCACCAUCUCGUCCUUUGGGUCUGGCUUCCCAAUCAAUGAUCUGUCCUUCCACUCGAAUAUUACCAGGCUGACGAUUGGAUCCUCGCCUUCUGGUACACUGUCCGGCCGCACGAACUUGACGAGUAUGUAUGGAUCAACGUGGCCUCCCCAGGUCUUGCGCGAGUACAUGCCGGCGCAUGCCUGUCUACUGGCGUCCUUCUGGUCGAUGCUCAUUUCUGCCGCAUGCACGCCCAGCAGCUGGCAUAGCAGCACGGGUAUGAGCUGCACCCAUCGCUUCAUAUCUCUGCGGUUUUUCUGGGAAAAAUUGGCACUGCCGUCGAUGGAAA